GCCGCCGACCCAGUCUCCGCGCUACGCACGCACAGAGGCAUGUCCGCGCGGCUUUUCUCCAUUCUCUGUUGCGGAGGCAGUUCGGAAAGCAGCCAAUCUACCAGAUCCCACACCACCCCCCACGGCAAGGCCGGCGGGACAGCAUCCUCGGCAUCGGCCAGCUCGGCCGGCCAGCACAUCCCCCUGAGCGAGCAGCCCGGCGCCCCGAAGACGGCGGCCCACCUCCCCCCCCACACGCCGGCCAGCCCGGAGCACCACCCCCCGCAGCAGGCCCAACACCAAGCCAAGGGCGCCAUGGCGACGCCUGACGGCACGAACCCCGGCGGGGCGGCCCCCCCGGCCGCCGGGUCACCCAUUUACUCCGCGGCCGCCGGUCCCGGCAGCAGCAGCAACCCGCUGGCCAGUGUCGGGUACAGCGCGGCGGCGGUGUCCGGCACGGCCGGGGCCGGCGGGCCGGCCGACGGCGAGUGUCUGGCCACGUCGCUGAACCUGCUGGGGGAUGUGCCGGCCCACCGGGCCGGGCGCAAGGUCCUGGUCCUGGACCUGGACGAGACGCUGGUGCACUCGUCCUUCCGGCCGGUCGACCGGCCGGACUUCAGCGUGCCCGUGGAGAUCGAGGGCCAGACGCACCGGGUCCAUGUGCGCAAGCGCCCGUAUGUCGAUGCCUUCCUGCUGGCCGUGGCCAAGCACUAUGAGGUUGUGGUCUACACGGCCAGCCUGGCCAAGUACGCCGACCCGGUGCUCGACCGGCUGGACCCCACCGGGGUCAUCACGUCGCGGCUCUUCCGCGAGGCAUGCUCCCUCUACCGGGACCAGUAUGUGAAGGACCUGUCACGGCUGGGCCGGCCGCUGGGGGAUUGCAUUUUGAUCGACAACUCCCCGGCCUCGUAUGCCUUCCACCCGGCCUACUCGAUCCCCAUCACCACCUGGCUGGAGGACCACCGCUGCUCGGAGCUCCUGGAGCUCCUGCCGCUGCUGAUCGAGGACAGCGUGCACAUUGCCGCCGGGGGGCCGGGCGGCAAGCCGGGCGAGUCCCACACCGCCGGCGGUGGGGGACCGGGCAGCAGCGGCGGCGGCGGCGGCGGCGGCGGCAAGGCCGAUGACCCCCAGCAGCAGCAGCAGCACGGCGCCGACCCGGACGCCGGGCCGGCGGGGCUCCCCUGCGAGUGUGGCCGGGCCACGGCCGGGGCCGGGGCCCUCCCCGGGGCCGGGGGCUCCGGCUGCGGCGAUGUCACCGUGCCGAUGUCCAAUGCGGCCGGCAUGACGGCCGAGAAUUACCGGCGGUGGGUGCGCCGGCGAGCGGAGAUCGCCGCGGUGGCGGAGCUGGCCCGGCCGACCUUCGCCCGGCCGGACGCCACGGCCUUCCCCCCGAAGGAGUCGACCGUGGAGCCGGACGGCGGCCGGUCCGAUGCCCUGGUGGACCUGCUCCUGCGGCGGUACCUGACCCCGGCGGAGCUGGCGUGCCUGGCGCGGGCCGAAACCCGGACCCGGGCCCGGUGGCCCGGCGGCCAGGCGCCCCCGCACCUGCCGGCCACGCAGUACUCGCAGGCUGUGCCGGAGACGGACCUGACCCCGGAGGCGGCGCUGGCCCUGCCCCGGCCGGAGGAGAACCCGCCCAUGGCCGACAUCGAGGCGGACAUCAUGCUUUGCGGCCCGGACCCGGCGCCCUUCGGGCAGAAUGACGAGUACCUGCGCCUGGCGGCGCUGGCCCUGGCCGGGGUAGACCCGGGGCCAGUGCCGCAGGGCGCGGCCAUGGGCCCGGUCCGCGCCCUGGCCCUGGCUGGCCCGGCCCGGCCGGAUGAGCUGGCCGCGGCGCAGGCGGCCGUCGCCGCGCGCGCUGCCAGCCGCGCCGCCGGCAGCGGCAGCGGCAGCACCUCGCCCACUUCGGCCGAGGCCGCGGCGCAGGCGCCGCCCUCGCCCACGGCCACCGCGGCGACGGCGGCCCUGCCGCCGGCCUCCUCGGAGGAGGGCGGCCCCUCGCCGGCGGGCGAGGCGCUGCCGGUUGCCCCGGCGUCCAAGCAGCUGGCCGCCGAGGCGGACCGCCCCCUGCCGGCUGGCGACCGGGCCGACGAUGACCCGGCCACCGCCGGCUGCCAGGAGGCCUUCGCGCGCAUGGAGGUCUCGGCCCCGGCGUCCUGAGGGGGGCGACAUGCGCGCCGGCCCCCGUGUAUCGGCGGGGGCCGCUCGCCCCCCCCCUCCCCCUGUGUAUCUCUGCCCCGUCUCCCUCGGCCAUAUGUGUGAGACGCGCAAGCCUCCAACCGCGUG